GCCUAUCACAAGUCGCAUGCUGCAUAAUACUUUAUUGACAUCUGAUUUUCCUCUUUUUUCUGGCAGCCUCAUACUUUCUCUCACACCCAUAACGAACCGCCUUUGCUAAAAUUUCCUCUCAGAAAGCGACUACGAUAGGUGUGGUUCGGCUUCCACUCAUCAUACAUUUUUCCCAUCCAUCGGUUAACCCCUCACUACCGCGGGUACUUUAAAGCAAGCGAAUUGCCCCAUAUUCCAACCGGCUUUUCGAGGCGUCCUCACUCUUCAUUCAGGUGCAGAAAAAAAAAAAAAAAACACAAUCGCCAAAAUGCCCGGACCAACACCGACUCCGUUCGAGAUCCAUGUUCCGGAUUCGCUUCUGGGAUUUAUCCAUGAUAGGGUUCGAACCGCCCGGCUGCCCCCGCCGAUUGCGCACCCGGAUGGCAAGGCCUCGACCUACGGUGUCUCUCACGAAACUAUGACAGCGCUGCAAGACCACUGGAAUAAUAGGUACAAUUGGCGGGCAGUUGAGGCCCGGCUUAAUAGCUCACUAAAGCAAUUCACCGUCCCCAUAUUACACGAGGGUGAGGAUCUCAAUAUUCAUUUCGUCCACCAUAGGUCUCCGCAACCGGACGCUAUCCCCCUCAUAUUCGUCCAUGGAUGGCCCGGCUCUUUCUUGGAAGUCGAAAGGAUUUUAACUCCUCUCACGCACCCUCCCACCGAGAAAGCGCAAGCUUUUCACGUUGUCGCUCCUUCUCUGCCCGGAAUUGGCUUCUCGAGUGCGCCAAAGACUAAGAACUUCGGACCUGAGAAAAUCGCCGGGGUUUUUCAUAAGCUGAUGAUGAUACUUGGCUAUGACCACUACGUUUCGCAAGGCGGGGACUGGGGAUCACUUAUUUGUCGCUACCUCGCAGCGGAUCAUCCGAAAGCAUGUCUGGGAGUGCAUUUAAACUUUGUUAUCGCGCUGCCCCCUUUGGCUCUCAAAAACCCUCUUGAACUGUUCUAUCUUGCAACCCGGUGGAUGACGCCUUAUCAGAAGGAGAUGAUUGAUCGGAUGAUUUGGUGGAAGAAGGAGGAAGGCGGGUAUGCGGAAAUUAUGAGCACAAAGCCGAUGACCAUUGCCUUUGCGCUAGUGGAUUCGCCCCUUGGGUUCGCCGCUUGGAUUAGGGAUAAGAUUGAUUCCUUGGUAGAUGAAUAUGAGUGGACGGAGGAGGAGGUUAUUACCCUUUGCAUGGUUAGUAUCUUGCCCCUCGUUUCAAUGGGCUUUUCUUAG